AUGGGCAUACCCGAAAUUGAAGAGCCUCUAUCGCAACGAGCCGCUCGUCUAUCGAUAUCCACUGCCGACCGCGACGGAUUAUUGAUGCGCGACUCCCUCCGCAAAGAGAUGGGCGACACCCUGCGCCGAAGCCUGGUGGUUCUGUUUGAACUGAUUGACAGCAGCAAGGGAAGUCAACAUCCUCCUACUACUACAAAGAAGCCUUCCAAGCGUCGUCGGUCUCUGGCACAUCAGGCGGUGGAUAAACCAGGACCUACCAAAAAGGGUCCCAAACUCGAACAAUCUGAGUCAACUGCUGCCAAACCGGCUAAGGUUCAUAAGAAGAAAGCGAAGCGAUUAUUACCACCGACAUUCAAGCUUGUUUCAAAUGAUCACGUUGGUCGGUUUAGCGUACCGCUAUUCCGGAACCUUAUUCUCCAUGUGUUUGGUUCAGGGUCGAAGACACGUGAUCACUCCAAAUGGUUUGACGUAACCAACCCUCAUAACGUGUCGAGCGUGGUGGUGGCCAUCGUUCCGGGGCUUGAAGAGUCAAAGUAUGCUCCCGACGGUUUGGCAAAAGGCCAAUUCCACCCAAUCCUAUGUCCAGAAAUGCCCCAAUUCAAUGAUGCCAUUCUCAGUACCGCACCCGGGUCAAAAGAGUCGCUUUACUCUAUUUACCAGGCGUUUAUUAGCACUCGAAUCUCAAAAGCUGAAAGGAAAACCUUAAUGGCUCGCGGCGAGAAACAUACCGUUGUGAUCAAGGACUUGUUACUUACGCCAGCCCAAUUGGAAGAGCACAGAUAUCCGUUGGAACUUCCUGCUAAUGACGAUACUUGGCGUGAAACCAUUGCCUUUGACCACGAAGGGCUGACUAUUUUUGCUCUCGAUUGUGAAAUGUGUCUUGCUGGCAGAGAGGAGGUCAUUACACGGGUAUCGUUAGUCAACUUCCAAGGCGAGGUGGUGUUUGACGAAUUUGUGCGUCCUGAUGCUGAAAUCACUGAUUAUAAGACGAAAUUCCUGGGGAUCACUGAAGAAUUGCUUGAAGGGGUAACGACGACGCUCCGAGAUAUCCAGGAUAAAAUUAUGGCAACAGUAUCGGCGUCUGAUGUCCUUAUUGGUCAUUCACUUGAGCACGACUUGAGCAUAUUGAGAAUGAAGCAUUCAAACGUUAUUGAUACCGCGGUCAUCUACGAUCACGACAAUGGUCCUCCGUCUAAGCCCUCGCUUCGUCAAUUGGCACUUAAACACUUGGAUCGUUACAUUCAAACGGGGGAGGCUACUGGUGCUGGUCACUCAUCGGUGGAAGACGCCACCGCUUGUCUUGAUCUCGUCAAAUUGAAACUCAUCAAGGGUAAAUUCUAUGGCAAAAGCUUGGGUGAAGAGCCGAUGUUUGCUCAUUUGGCUAAAGUCGAUCCGAACUUCCUGGGAUUAUCAAUUGCUUACCAAAAAUACCAACCAUCAGAUCUUUGGUCAAUUGAAUCUCAUCUGUCGUCAGUUAAAGUAACUAAUGAUGAUGAAGUGGUUGAAACUUAUGUUGCCAACGGUACCGACAAACGAUUUGUUGUGCUUAACAUGCGUCAACUUGAGUUUAGUCGGGGAUGGCUGAAACCACCCAUGGCCUAUCUGGGCCCCCAGCUUGACCAAGACGCUGAAGAAGCCGCUACUAUCGCUCGCAUCAAUAAGAUAUACGAGCAGAUGCCGCCACAAGCGAUGCUUAUUGUGUGUUCGACGCUGAAGUCACCAAAGUCGAUGCUUAAAUUGCAACAACUCCAGCGUGAAUGGAAACGUAAAGUUAGAGACAAUGUCGAUCUUACUGCCGUCCCUGAGGGAGAGCGGUGGACCCCGCAAACCGCCAGUGAUUUAUACGAUGCCGUCGCCGAAGCCCGUCAAGCCAUCCUGUUUGUCGCCCUCAAACCCAGUCAGUCGUAA